CACAGUGCAUUCCCGCGUGUGCACACAAUCGAUCGGCAGGUUCAACGAACGCGAAAACAUUCGUUCGCCCUCCCCCACCACUGUGCAGACGCGCGGUACAAGUGGUUGCGAGGCGGGUUUUUCCUGCUCUCCCCGCAAUAGGCAAAGGUUUCUCACACGUAACCAAAAUGGUUUUUGCGAGCUAUAACAGUGCGUCGUACUUGCUGCCGCUGGAUAACGAUCAGAGCGUAUCGUUCUAUCGAAACGAGAAUCGGCUUUUCCCAACCGCUAUCGGUUCGUCCGCUGGUGGUGUUGUUGCACCCCCACCCGGAAGAAACAACAGCAACACCUCCGCGAACGACAUGAGCAUUACCGACAUGCUGACCGCGGCGUACCAUCACGAGUUGCAGCAGCAGCACCAAACGGUCAGUGGUGGCGUUGGUGUCGGUGGUGGUGUUGGUGCUGGUGGUGCUAGCGGUAGAAACAUGAACGUGGGUGAUUGCCCUUUCGGGCGGGUUCAAUCACCACCAACCGCGCAUUCCCAACAGCAACAACAGCUGUCGGUACAGCAGUACCAUCGUUUUGGUGGAGCCGUUGCCAUGUGCGACGAUUUCCAACCAGUCGGUUACUUCAACGGCUCAUCCAAUGGUUACUACGGAUACGUCCCAUCGCUAGCAGCAACAGGUGGCGGUGCAGAUAUUGAGGGACAUUCAAGCAAUAACAACGUUCUUCCGGGUGCCGUCAACAGUAAUCACCCCACGGCAACAACGACAAAUGUCAACGGUCACCUGUCGGCAAUCGAUUUCCAUGGCAACCAGCACCCCCAUCACCGUAUCAGCUGUAAUACGGAUGCCGGCGAGCAAAACAAUAACAAUAACAACAACAACGGUGACGACGACGAAGGGAUUUUCCAUGUGCAACCGUUUGCAGUGCAACAGACUCCCCGAAAGCGUAAAGAACUUAAUCAGCCCGAGGAUGAGGAAAUGGACACCAAUGUACAGCUGGCCGUGGCCGGACAUCAGCAUCCGAAACGACGAAAAACCGACCCGGAACCGGUGAUUUUUCCGGCGCCAACGAAUGGAUCUUUUGCUGGAAACAACAACGCGGUGGGAGGAGUAUCGUACCUGCAGCAGCACCAGGCAGAAGUACAUAGCCCGGCCAUCGACGAGAUGGAAUGCCAGGAGCAGCCCGCCCAGCAACAUCCCGCCGUGACGCUGCAACCGAACGCUAAUGGAUUCCAUGCGGUCGACGUACAUCAUCCCGCCGGACAGCAGCCGACAAGCAAGAUUCAGAGGAGGGAUGUACGGUUGAACAGCUCCAUCGAUGCUAGAGAUGACUGCGAGGGCGCCGUGACGAAACUGAUGCCCAUUCAUGCGCGUGCUCAUCGGCUUCCGGCUGGUCGGUUCGGGGGCGAUCUGGAUCUGUUCCACAGUUUGCACGGUACUGGUGGCUGGUUACCGGUAGGAAAGUAACC